AUGGACUUUUAUCUGUGGAACUUUGCGGUGCUUGCGCUGCUGAACGUGCUGUUGGCAUACCGAGAAUAUAGGGUAAAAAAGACGUCUCAGCCGCAAUUAAAUGAUGCCAAACGACAGGUUGCGGCAAAUGACGCGAAGGAGAACUUGAAAUCCUUCAAAUGGCGCUUUCUUCCGGUUUAUCUGCUCGUAAAUGGAGCAGACUGGCUUCAAGGCCCGUAUAUCUAUCCGCUGUAUAAAGAUGAGAAGAAACUAGCAGAAGAGGUGGUGGCCGCUCUCUUCAUGACUGGUUUCAUCGCCGGCGCCGUAUCCGCUUCUUUUACCGGGAAACUUGCUGAUAGAUUCGGCCGUCGUCUGGCAUGUCUGGCCUUCUGCGUCAUCUAUUCCCUCUCAUGCCUUGUCCUCUUCUCCAACGACAUCAUUGUCCUCUUUGUCGGGAGAGCCUUGGGCGGGGUCAGCACCACGAUAUUGUACAGUUGUUUCGAGAGCUGGAUGGUGACGGAGUAUAACGUUUUGUUUCCUGAUGAGCCUCCAUCGACACUCAGUGGUAUCUUUAGCACCAUGACAACGCUAAAUAGCGUUGUUGCUGUAUUGUCGGGAAUUCUUGCGGAGUGGUUUGCUGAUCUGGCCGGGACCCAAAAGGCUCCAUUUAUGAGUGCUAUUGGAUGUCUGGCACUUGCGUUUAUGAUCAUGUGGAAAAAUUGGGGAGAAAACUACGGGACUGCGACAGAUGUAUCCCUCCUGUUAGAAGGGAAAGAGCAACCGCCGCCUAAAAGCACGCUCAGAUUAUUUCUAGACGACAAGCGAUUGCUAGCACUCGGGCUUACUUCCUCCGUCUUCGAGGGAUCGAUGUAUGUCUUUAUAUUCUUCAAAUUUCCGGCCUUGAAACUAUCCCACGAGCUUGCUGGACUUGGAUCUGGAGAGGACCUACCCUUUGGCCUCAUUUUUGCGAUCCUAAUGUGUUCCAUGAUGGCGGGGUCUAUGAUCCACAAGUACAUCGUGACCAACUACACUUCAGUUGCGCCUGCAACUCUAUUAGUCAUGACACUCUCAAUCGGCGCUGCAUCGUUCAUGAUACCUGUACUAAUACGAAAUGAGCACAUUACAUUCUGGAGUUUCUGCGUUUUUGAAGUAUGCUGCGGAAUUUACUUUCCCCUCAUGGCCUACCAGAAAGGGAAGAUCAUCGACGAUAGCGUGAGGGCGAACGUAUAUGGGUUGAUGAGAGUUCCGUUGAAUGCUUUUGUGGUCUUAAUUCUAAGUACUACAAAAGAGGGGGCUCGACAUCGGGAUUUGGUUUUCACGGUUUGCAGUGCGCUGUUACUUAUUUCAACGGCUGUAAAUGGAGUUUGGCUUUAA